CCGGGCCCGGGAUGACGCCACCACUCGCUCCGCCCAGGCGCAAACUCGUUCCCUGCGUUCAUUUCAUUCCUGCUCUCAUUCCGAGCAUUCUUCGCAUCUCUGUCAGUGCGUGAAGCGAUUCACCUCCACCUUUCCUGGCCGGCCCAUAAACACCAGAAUAACUUGACAUAGUAUUCAAAAUCCCCACUAACAUCACAUUAGCAAAAGAAAGGGACAUUUGUAGAUGACAUAUCAAUAACGAGUUGGAGCCUUUUCGGACCACCUCGGAGAAAGAAAGAAAACAAACACAAGAGACUUGUUGCUUCAGCGCGGCUGACGGCGCCGCUUUAAGAUCGCCAUCGAAGUUUAAGUGUCUCUCCCUAGUCUGCUCCAGGCUUCAGCUUGGAGAACCCAGCCGCCAAGAUUGAUCCCAGCAGCUGGAGCGGCAGCGAGAGCCCUGCCGAGGACAUGGAGCGGAUGAGCGAUUCAGCGGACAAGCCUGUGGACAACGAUGCCGAAGGGGUCUGGAGUCCUGACAUAGAGCAGAGCUUCCAGGAGGCCUUGGCCAUAUAUCCCCCAUGUGGACGCAGGAAGAUCAUCCUGUCAGAUGAAGGAAAGAUGUAUGGUCGAAAUGAGCUGAUAGCCAGAUACAUCAAGCUUCGGACUGGAAAGACAAGAACUCGCAAGCAGGUGUCUAGUCACAUACAGGUCUUAGCAAGAAAGAAAGUUCGAGAAAUCCAAGCUGCCAUUAAGGUACGUCUGGCUUUGCCCAGUUGCAGGGGGCUUUUCAUUGCCAUGGUUACAGGCUCUUCCUUUGUUUUCCUCCCCUCCCCUACCCCGCAGGUGUCUAGUCACAUUCAGGUUCUUGCCAGAAGAAAAUCUCGUGAGUUUCAUUCCAAGCUAAAGGUCACGAGUAUGGACCAAGCGGUGAAGGACAAAGCCCUCCAGAGCAUGGCCUCCAUGUCCUCAGCUCAGAUCGUCUCUGCAACAGCAAUCCACAACAAACUCGGCCUGCCAGGCAUCCCUCGGCCCGCCUUCCCUGGAGCAGGGUUAUGGCAGGGUAUGAUAUCAGCCGGUCAGCCAGGAUCCUCACAAGACAUUAAGCCUUUCACCCAGCAACCAUAUCCCAUCCAGUCAGCAGUUACAACAGCCAUUUCAAGUUAUGAACCUGCUGCCGCUCCAGCUCCCACAGCCCCAGCGUGGCAAGGCCGCUCCAUCGGCACAUCUAAACUCAGACUGGUGGAGUUUUCCGCCUUCCUAGAGCAACAGAGAGACCAAGACUCGUACAACAAGCACCUGUUUGUACACAUCGGACAGACCAAUCACUCCUACAGUGACGCCCUGCUGGAGUCUGUGGAUAUUCGUCAAAUUUAUGAUAAAUUUCCUGAGAAGAAAGGAGGAUUAAAGGAGCUGUAUGGAAAAGGUCCUCAGAAUUCUUUUUUUCUCAUCAAAUUCUGGGCCGACCUAAACUGCAACAUUCAAGAUGAUGCUGGAUCAUUUUAUGGAGUGACCAGCCAGUAUGAGAGCUCAGAGAAUAUGACCAUAACAUGUUCAACAAAGGUUUGCUCCUUCGGCAAGCAGGUUGUUGAGAAAGUAGAGACUGAAUAUGCACGCUUUGAGAAUGGUCGCUUUGUCUACCGGAUAAGCCGGUCUCCCAUGUGUGAAUACAUGAUCAACUUUAUCCACAAGCUAAAACAUCUCCCAGAGAAGUACAUGAUGAACAGUGUCCUGGAAAACUUCACCAUCUUAUUGGUCGUGUCAAAUAGGGACACCCAGGAGACGUUGUUAUGUAUGGCUUGUGUGUUUGAAGUGUCGAACAGCGAGCACGGCGCCCAGCACCAUAUCUACAGACUGGUAAAGGAAUAAACCAGUCUGUUUUGUUUUUUCGUUUUUCUUUAUGGACUUAUCAACCUCCAAAACAAGUGGCAGUGCCUCUGCAUUGAAAGUCAACCUUUCAAUGCUCUUUGGUUGAGGUAUGAGGUGAAGUUAGUGUGUUGUAAGUGUUGUUUGACCACAGCUGUGAAAUAUGGUACAGUUGUUUUAUGAUCUAUUGGGAACUUAAUGGGAAUUUUCAUUUUUCAAUAUGUUUAGUUGGUUGUUUCAAUGAGAUUUAUUUGUCAAAUGGAAAUCUAUGUGUAGUCUCUUUCUGAUUUGUUAUACCAACUGAGAGGGAAAAAGCCUGUGAUGGUCUGUACAUUUUGUGUUGAGAGUGUUUUAAAAAAAUCUGUGUUUUAUAAUUUGUUUCAAUACAUCUUGUAGAAAACCAUGUUCUCACAGCGAAAUAAACCUCCCAAAGACACAUAAAUAACACUACAAAUACAUGUCAGUGGCUGAAAUCAUAUGGAUGUAAAAAUGUGUAAAUAUUUUUGUUGAAACACUCCAAAUUUCAGACAGACAAGAAAUACACUGUGAAAUAAGGAGGUACAGUCAUGUAAAAAAAAUAUUAGACCAUCUUUGUCAUCAAAAACAAUUGUUUUGUAAUCAGAUAGUAACUUCUUUUCGUAUCGAAUGAUAAAAAAAAGCGGAUAAGAAAACACAGAAUGUCUGAAAGCACUUUUUGACAGUUCAGUGCCAUAGCUACUUAAAGAAGCAAUAGGUUAAGGGAAAUUAGCGUAUCAAAUCAGAACAAUACAACAGAGCUAGGUUAAAGACAAAGGAAGAGUAUGAGGCUUCUUAGGUACAUCUGUUUCGCUUCUCUUGCUGGCUUCCAUUUUUUGCAGGCUGCGGUUAUUUUUGCCAUCAUAAAAUACCAAAUGCUGCACUCUGUUUUAUCAGUCCUGGGAACUCUCAUAUAAUUGGCUCAGGAAUCAGAAACUAAACACGAGCUACACACUGUAAAGAAAUAGUUCCAGACCAUACCUGACAGGUUUGGGUUUUUGUAGCCCGGCGGGCCCGAUUAUCAUUAUCUAUUUAUAGAAAUGGUCAAAACACAGUUUUAAGAUUUCUAAAACAUGUUUCAAAAUUAUUCUUACACAAAUACUUUUUUUGUUUUAUAGCUGUGUAAACAAAUAAAAUUAGAUUUAAAAUUCCACCUGACAUGCCUGACUCUGCUAGAGUAAUGUAACAGCAUGUAUUCAUUUUUAGCCACACCUCCUAAUGGGCUGCAUCAUUGGAAACUAGAAGCUUAGACCUUUCAAGGAGAGGUCAUAGGUAAUGAUUUUUUGCCACAUAGAGUUUAUGUGUUGACUUUCACUGGGUUAUUCUAACACACUGAUUUUCUGUAUUCUGUUGUAAGCUGUAGGUUUAUGGUUUUUUUCCUGUUGAAAGGUGAAUCUCCACUCUAGCCAGUACUGGAGUUGAGGGGGGAUGGCAUCCCCCAUUCUUAAAAAAAAAUCUUAAAAAUCAUCCCCCUUCUUAAAUGACCACCCUCCCAUACCACCCCCUAUGACAUUUUAUAGUUGAAAGUGAAAAAUGUCUAUUUCUUAUUAACAGUAAUGGCAAUGAUAUUGCCCUUCAACAUUUAGGCUGUGGACUUACGAGUAGCCUUAGCAAAAUGAAUAA